AAAAGAUUGAGAAAAACGAUAAUGCGAAGGAAGAGAAAACUAUUUGAAUUGGUGCAUCAAUGCUGAGUCGGUUCCUUGUUUGAGAAUUUGAUUGUUACCAGAGUCAAUUUAACAGUUGGAAAAAGCCUAAAAUUAACCAACGCCAUGCCCAAGCAAGUCAGCAUCUGUCAUCCUUAUUUGAAAAGUACAACCGUGACUUCCAACGGUAUUUCACCUCCCCGCGUGACGGAGUCGCACACGUCACCCUUAAUUAAACACGUUCACAUUCAUUCAUUCAAACUCUUUUAUUUAUAUCCUGAUUAUCAUAGACCACCAAACUCCAAAUCUCUUUCAUCUUCUUUCCUACAUGCUUCUCAAACGUUCAACCCUAAAACCAACAGCAAGAAAUUUAAGCUUUAACCAGGGAAUUCCUCCAUCCAUGGGCACCUGCUUCUCUUCUCAAAUUCCAAUACUGUCUGAAUCCGCGCCGCCCUCAACUGCUCACGUUGUUUCCCUCAACGGUGAUCUUCACAAAUAUAAUCUUCCUAUGAUCGUCUCUCAGGUUCUCCAGACCGAAGCUGCUUCUUCUUUGCCAUCCUCUUCCAUCUUCUUAUGCAACUCUGACCGCUUGAAUUACGACGAUUACAUUCCGGCCUUGGAUUUCGACCACCAGCUGCAAGCCAAUCAAAUAUACUUCGUGCUUCCCAUUUCCAAGCUUCAGCAGCGCUUGUCCUCCAGGGAUAUGGCCGCUUUGGCCGUCAAAGCCAGCGUUGCCAUCCAAAACGCCUCUAAAAACGAUUCUCAUCGCCGCAAGAAGGCCCGAAUUUCUCCUGUUUUGCUCGUAGCUCAAUCUCUUCCCGUUCCCGUUGUUGACAAAGAUGACGCUCCCACAGCCGCAGCACCAGUCUCCAGCACCAAGUCCAUCGCUAAGCCUAAGCCUCAGCCUCACCCUAGGUUUUCAAGAUCGGCUUCCAUUAGAAAAUUGCAGAAAUACACCUCCAGACGAGCCAAAUUGGCCGUUCGUUCUUUUAACCAAAGGUUGUCCACUAUUUACGAAGGCUCCGCUCUGUAAACUCCAGCCCCAUAAACUUUAUCCAAAAGGACUGAUUUUUGUAACAUAUUCGAUUUUUCCGGUGUAGAAACUCACUGAGAAUGCCAUAUAUUUUGAAUCUGAGUUAUCAAUUAUUGCCUUAUAUUAAAUUUUCAGGCUCACUAACUGUGGCUUUUCUUCUUUAAUUCGUGUUCUUCUCCUGUGUAGAAUUAUCCAACCGGCAUAUAUAAUAUUAAUUCUUGACUUUUAAUUCUAAUCUUGGUUGGUCACUCUGUUCCUGUUUCCUAUCUACCUUUUUUUAAUAGAAUGGAAAAGACACCACUAAAAGUUCCGUUUUAAUUUGAAGAAUUAAAUAGAGAGAAUAUAACUUUAACUGGGGUUCAGAAAAAUUAAGAAAUUUAGGAAAGAUUACAAGAUGUCUAAAGGGGUAUUUUCUUAAAGUUUUAUUUAUCCUCACUUGA